AAUGAGGAUGCAAUGUUCCAUCUGUUGCUGUCAUGAUACCUAAAUUCUGGGCAUGUUCUGUUAGGUCCUUAUCAAAAAAGUAAACAUUCUACUUUUUUGUCUACAUAUGUACUAUCUUCUUGUUAUUCAGAGUUAUCUUCUCCAUAUAAGCACCAAAGGGAGCAUGGUUAUGAUUUAUCGCCAUCAAGGUUCAAGACAGAAGGAAGACUGUUCAGUUUCGGAUUGGACGGGGAUGAAGACAUCACACGGUAUGCCAAAUUCUUUGGAGCUCAUAUGCAAUUUGCCGGUAAAUGUUUAACAAACAUCGAUAAUGGCAGUUAUCCGACUAUAGAUGGUUACUGUGAGUUUAGUGAAAUGGCCCAUUGUUCAGCUUGGCCUUCCUUUGCAACAGAAGAUGCAAGAGACUGUUUGAGCCUGUCGAGCGAAGAUUCAUGCUUGUCCCAUACAGUAUGGCAUGAAGGAACCAAGAACCUAUCAUUUAACUCUACCGAAAAACGGAAAAUAAGAGGACAUGAAGCUGAUUCCAGAAUCCCAUUAGAUAAGUUUAGUACGAAAAAGAAAACAAAUACUCAGGAAUUUUGCAUGAAAAGGCUCAAUACCUGGCAACAAGAGAGUGUCAUUUGCUCAAGAACGAGGAACAGGAUGUCAGGUCUUUCAACUCCAGGAGAUGACUGGUUAUUUGGAGACCAAUGCAAUAUUGAGAAUGUUAAACUAGGUUAUGCCAACAUGAAUGCAUCUGAAACCCAAAAGGCCUCCCCCUUUGGUUGCAAACAUUGGACUGAAGAUCCAUUUGAGUCAGGUUUCAACCCAGAACUAUAUGUUGAUGACAAACCAUCAGCUUUGAGGUCCGAACAUGAUGCUGUCAGUGACAAUUUUUUCUCAGUCAAAGUUGCAUCCCAACAAGUUAAUCCUGGUCCCUCCUCCCCUAUUCACCCAAACAUUAAUGUAGAAUGUGGACAUCAGGAGUCAUUUGAUGAUCUUUUGAAGGAAGAGAAAGAUUCCCCUAAGAUACAAUUGAGUGUUAGCACGAGAGAAAAUAAAUCAAUAAUUCUACCAUCUAUCAGCAGCAUGCUUCAUCAGCAUGAGGAAAAUUGUCAUCAAAGCAAUUACUCAUCCUCAACAAAUGGCGGACCAACAGAUUUCUUAGACUCUGAAGAUAAUCACAGUCACUUUGAGGAAUCAAAAGUUAAAACUCCAGAAAUAGCCCCAGGUCCAGAUGCCGUACUCUCUCCUGUAUGUUCCGAAGGGGGAUCAUCAUCUGUGGAGAUGCCCGGAAGCUGGAAGGUUGUGAUGCCUUAAAAGAAAACAGAGGCCUCGGCACAUAGAAAAGGUGAUCUAAAAUGAGAAGGAGCAAACAGCAAUGUCGAUAGAUCUUGGAAAGUGAUGAACUGAU